AUCAUAGUAAAAAGUAAUCAUUCUAGCACCUUCAGCUCAGAUUCCUGCGAUUUGUCAGUUGUUGACUGAGAUAGUUUCAACGCAAAAAAAAUUUGAACCUACCCAAAUUUGAACAAUAGAUUCCUCUCGAUCAACUUGAUCGAUUUACACGAUGGAAGCACAAAUCAGAGAACUUAUUCCCUUUUUACAUCAACCAGCUUUGGAGAUUAGAGCUAUUGCUCUUCAUCACCUUGUUCCAUAUAGUCCCAACGGCAAUGAAUACCGACAUAUUUUGAUUGAACAAAGAAGUACUGUUUGUAAAGAUAUGAAACUUCUUGUCAAAGAAGAUCCAGUCACUGCACACGAUGCUCUUCGCUGUUUGAUCAACUUAUCUAGUGAUCCACAAGUUCAAGCUGAACUGGAUGAUGAAGAUUUUGUUAAAUAUCUUGGUUUAUUGAUUACAAACCCUAAGUCAGUCUUAGCUGAUCUUGCCUGUAUGUUGUUAUCUAAUAUGACCAAGCAUGAACCUACUUGCGUCAAAGUUAUUCAAGCAAAAGCAAAACCAGUGGAAGGAUUGAACAAUUCAGAUCGUUUGUUGGACCAGUUGAUCGAAGUAUUCCAGAAGGGUGUGAAGAAGGAAUAUAAUCCUGAGGCUGAUUUCCACUUUCUAGCCAGUGUCUUCUCCAAUGUUUCCAGUAUUCGUCUUGGUAGAGUGUUUAUGGUUGAACGCUCACCUGCUGAUCAGCUUUCACCUAUCACCAAAAUUCAAAUUUUUACUGAGGAUCCUAAUAUCAUUCGACGUGGUGGCGUAGAUUCUACGAUUAAGAAUUGUUGUUUUGAAACUCGUGAGCAUGAAAGACUCUUGGAUGUGGACGAUAUCAAUAUGUUGCCUUUUAUUUUAUUACCUUUGUGUGGUAAUGAAGAAUAUGACAUGGACGAGUUUGAGCAAUUCCCCGAAGAAAUUCAAUUACUAGAUGACGAUAAGAAACGUGAAAUUGAUCCCAAAUUACGUGCCAUGCUUCUUGAAGCAUUGCUUUUGUUGACUUCAACUCGUUUCGGCCGUGAAUAUCUACGAAAAAAACAAGUCUAUCGUGUGAUUCAACGACUUCACUUGACAGAAACGGACGAAGAAAUGAAAGAUAAAUGUGUUUCUAUUGUCGAAAUGCUUAUUCGUGAUGAAGAAGGUGCUGAAAUUAAGGAACUCAAGCCAAAGGAAGAUGAACAAGAAGAAGAGGAAGAUGAAGAUAUGGUGAUCGAAGAAAUUGCAUAGAUUUGUUCAUUUUAUUUUUGUAUAGAUUUGUAUUCAUAUUAGAAUUUUUCCCCCUCAUAUUAUCUCAAAAAAUACUUACCAUUGAAGAGAUUGCUUGUUCUUGAUACAUAAUUGUCAUAUAAGAAUCGUUGCCUGUGAUCAAUAGUCAUAAGUUGGAAGCACCUAAUUAUGGUUGGGAAGGAUUAUUCAUUCAAACUUUGCUACCAUUUUAGAAUAUCAUGUCCCUUAAUGAAUAAAUACGGUCGGUCAUGCACUUACGAUAUUGUCUCCAGA